AAAAUAGACAAAUUUGUGAAUUUAUGCUAACAGUGUUACUUAAUUUAACCGAUUAGGCUAAUUUAUAUUAAGUUUUUAAAAAUGUUAAUUAAUUUAGAACAUUUAUGUCGUAUAAGCCAUAUUUUAAAAAGAUUGAUCUGGAUAUCAUAAUAAUGAGUUUCAACACUUUUACUCUCUUUUGGUGAUAUUUUACCCUCAAAAAGAAAAUCAAAGGUUUUAUGCAGACAAUCAUAACUAUAAUUUAUAGAUGUUAACGAUGUGAUAAAAAUUGUGCUAGAACUUAGAUUUAAUUAGUAAGAUAUCCAGCUUCCGCUGCGAGUCUAGUGAAAUGUCUAAUCCUAUAAUUCCAACUCUCAUAUGAGUAUCGAUAUAUACUACUUUUAAACAAGCAUUAACAUUCAUAUAGAUUUAUUCACUAAGUUAUUUAAACGGAAUUUUAUAUGCGUUUAACAACCUAGCUCAAAAGGAUUAGUUUCAUAUUAAAUUUGUUAAAAUUAAAUAAAUUUAUGGUCAAACGAUAAACAAAUCUAUCAAAUCCAUAUUAAAUAUGUCAAAUUAAGUAAAUUUGUGGUCAAUGGAUAAUAAAUCAGUCAAAAUCCAAAUAAAUCUGUCAAAAUACGUAAAUUAGUGGUCAAGAAAACAAAUCUACCAAAUCUUAUAUAAAUCUGUCAAAAAGUAAGUAAAUCUGUGGCGAGAGAAACUAAAUCUAGUUAAGGCUAUAAAAUUUUAUAAAUCUGUGACCAAACAUGAGAAAUUUAUCAAAACAAAUCUGUAGAAAUCAGAUUAAAUCUAUGGAAUUUAAGAUAAGUUUGUAGUCAAAGAAAAAUAUUUGUGUCUAUAUAAAAGGUGGACAAAAUAAGUAUGUGAAUAAUAACAUUUUCGUAAUUAUUAUUUUUGAUAACAAAAGACUUAGGAAUAGAAAAUGAAAGUUAAACUAGUAAUUAAAAUAAAAUUAGAGUAAUUAUAAUAAUAAAUUGAUGAAUUAGCGUUAAACUAACUUUUUCCCAUUCAUUGAUUGUCAACUGAUGUAGAUUAGAAGUCCAAAAAAAAAACUUAAAAAGCCUUUAAGAUCAUCAAGUGAGAUUUGGUUCGAGAUAGGCCGAUAAAACCAUUUUUCAAAUGAGUGCGUUGAUGUUCAACAUCGAAAAUUAACCAACUUUAAUAUAUAAGAGAUCCACUCAUCAAUAAUAAUUUUUAAGUUGGAAAUGUUAAAAACUUAGCAAAAAAAGAAGUGAAAAGGAUAUACAAAAUAACUUUAAAGUAAUAAAGAUUGGAUAGUUUAAAUCUUGCGUCUUUCAAAAUCUAAUUAAUUAAAGUUAAAUCAACUAUUGUUUAUCUACAUAACUUUAUAUGCUAAGUUUGGGUGAUAUAUUUAAAACUAAUUAUGCAAGAUUAAGUACCCCACUUCCAGCUUACAAAAAAAAAAAAAGAUUACCCCACACCUCGUUUGUGUAUUGUGUAGAUUACACGUUAUAUAAAGAUAGCGUGCAUAAACCAAACUCGAUAAGAAAACACAGAAAUUAAUAACAAAUCCAAACAGAAAGUGACUAGAGUUAGAAAAAUGGUAGUAUCAUUCUCAAAGAGAAAGUCAAAAUCCUCAAAGAAGACAGAAGAACCUCGUAUCUUCUUCUGUAACAAUCUUUGUUCUAUCUUUUUCAGAUCCCUUUUCUAUCUAACAUUUCUCACAAUUUUCUUCUUCUUUCUUAUAUAUCUGUGGUUAUCUUUUACCACCUUAAUCUCCGACAACGUCCUCCAUAUCUGUGUGUUGUCUCGGAAACUCAACGAUCCUUACUGUCUCACGGCUGAUUCUAAACCCGUUUUUCAGAUGUCGACCAAUCUUACUACUAAAAGUGAUGUUCUCAGUAAAGAUGAGGAAAUUGGCUAUGAAGUUUCCGGUGAUGAUACCAAGCGUUAUGGUGUGAAUGUUAUUUCCGGUGAAGAUCAUAAAACCAAGAAGGAAUCAGUGGAAGAACAAGAUAAUUACAUCAAACCUAAGAAUGAAGAAGAGGGAUACGCGUUAAGGGCAGUGACAAAGUAUCUCAAGGUACAAAGAUCAUGGAUAUCGACUAGAAAUAAAAUCGAAAAAUCAAGAUCAUGUGAAGGAAAAGGAGUUUAUGUUUAUGAAAUACCGUCUAAAUUCAACAGAGAUUUGUUGGUUGAUUGCAUCGAUAUGGUCCCUUGGACUAACAUGUGUAAGUUUUUCAAGAAUGAUGGUUUUGGAGAAGCAAUAGAGAAUCUUGGUCAAGGUUGGUUUAGGACACAUCAAUAUGCUCUUGAACCGAUAUUACACUCUAGGGUUUUAAAGCAUCCUUGUAGGGUUUACAAAGAAAGCCAAGCUAAGCUUUUUUAUGUCCCUUUUUAUGGCGGUUUUGAUGUGUUGAGAUGGCAUUUCAAGAAUGUUUCUAAUGAUGUGAAAGACCGGUUGGGGAUUGAAGUUUUGAAAUGGCUUGGAUCGAAGGAAUCUUGGAAGAGAAACGCCGGCAAAGAUCAUGUCUUCGUCCUCGGAAAGAUUUCUUGGGAUUUUAGAAGAAAUAAGGACUCUUGGGGCUCAAGUUUCCUUGACUUACAAGAUAUGCAAAACCCUACAAGGCUUCUCAUUGAGAGACAUCCAUGGGAAGUCAACGACAUCGCAAUCCCACAUCCGACCUAUUUCCACCCUAAAACGGACUAUGAUAUCACCAGCUGGCAGGACAAAAUGACUAGCAAACCUCGCCGUAAUCUAAUUAGCUUCGCCGGAGGUGCAAGACCCGGCGACCCCAGUAGCAUCCGCUCAACGUUAAUCGAUCAAUGCACAUUGUUUUCCGACCAAUGCCGGUUAUUAAACUGUUCUGAUGGAAGUUGUGAUAAGCCUGAGAAUGUCAUUAAUCUUUUUCAAGACUCUGAGUUCUGUCUACAACCGCGAGGAGAUAGUCCAACGAGGAAAUCCGUUUUCGAUUCACUAAUCUCCGGUUGCAUCCCAGUGAUCUUUGAUCCGUACACUGCAUAUUAUCAGUAUGCGUGGCAUCUUCCGGAAGAUCAUAAGAGAUACUCUGUGUAUAUAAACCAAGAAGAUGUGAAGGAAAAGAGAGUAAAUGUAGUUGAGAAACUGAUGACAAAGACUCCUAGGCAAAGAGAGGAUAUGAGAAGUUACAUUGUUCAUCAUCUUUUGCCUGGUUUGGUCUAUGGAGACUCAAAUGCUAAAUUUGAUAGGUUUCGAGAUGCUUUUGAUAUUACUUUUGAUAAUUUAAUUGAGAAAAUCAACAAGUUGGUAUAGAUUUUUGUAAUAUAUGCUCUCAGCAACACCAUGUGAUUACAAUUCUUAUAUGUUUAUUGAUAUUUGAUAA